AUGGAGAAGCUGGAUGAGAGCAAGUUCGAGCAGCGGCUAGAGCUCUGGGCGCUCCGCAUUCCCCGUGAGCUCGCCUCCGCAGUCACCCGCCUCCUUCGCUCCGGUUAUCUGCUGGACAAGCCACGGGUUAAGUCUGUAGUUGAGGAUCCCGAGGGCGACAAGAACCGGCUCGUCCUACUGUCUGAAAAGAUUCAGAAGCCCGAUUUAUCUGACAUGCCACAGCAGGCCCUUGAUUCAUUGAAGCAACUAUGCAAUGUCGAUGUUGUACCUUAUACAUUGACCCUUGAUUAUUCCUACUGGAGUGCAGGUCAUGUUGCUCAUCUGAACAUAUCUGAUGACUUGCUAGCAUAUAAAAAUGUCAUAGCAAAGGUUAUCUAUGAUAAAAAUUAUCCAAGGAUUCAGACCGUGGUGAAUAAAGUGGGGACAAUAACAAAUGAAUUUAGAGUCCCAGAGUUUGAGAUCUUAGCAGGGAAAAAUGAUAUGGUUACUGAAGUUAAACAAUAUGGUGCAACAUUCAAACUUGAUUAUGGUUUGGUCUACUGGAAUUCAAGACUCGAGCAUGAGCAUAUCAGAUUAGUUUCCCUGUUCAAGAAAGGAGACGUUAUAUGUGACAUGUUUGCUGGUAUAGGUCCAUUUUCAAUCCCGGCUGCUCAGAAAGGAUGUGUUGUGUAUGCAAAUGACUUGAAUCCAGAUAGCGUUCAUUAUCUAAGAACUAAUGCAAAGAUUAACAAGGUUGAUGACUAUAUAUUCGCCUACAACAUGGAUGCUAGAGUGUUCAUGCAAAAUUUGAUGACUGUGCCUGGUUUGGAAACUGGAUCAGACUCUCAAGUUGCUGCUGAUGAAUCCUAUCCUAAAGAAGGGGUCCCUGCUAAUGAAAAUUCAUCUUCAAAUGGAAAUCAUAAUGAUGUUCGUGAGGGCAGUCAAAAUGGUGCUAAUGAAUCCUCUGUGGCAAGCACUACUGCCAAAAAGCGACCACAAACUUCAGAGGAAGGUGAACCUGAUUGCCAAGAUGGAGAUGCUAAUCAAACAAAAAUACGAAACAACAAGAGAGUGAGAGGACCAGGGCCACCACCAUCCAAGCCAUGGGAACACUUUGAUCAUGUACUGAUGAAUCUACCUGCUUCUGCUCUGCAUUUCCUCGAUUGUUUUGAUGGUCUCGUCCAAAAGAAAUACUGGACAGGAUCACUACCUUGGAUACACUGUUAUUGUUUCAUCCGUUCAAGUGAAUCUGAAGAAUCGAUACUCUCUGAAGCACAGAAUAAAUUAAAUGCUAAGAUAGCAGAACCGAUAUUCCAUAGGGUUCGUGAUGUUGCACCAAACAAGGCUAUGUUUUGUUUAAGCUUCAAGCUACCUAUGCAGUGUCUUAAGGAGGACGACAGUGAAAAUCACAUUGGAUCAGUUGCCUAG